AUGGAUACGGAAGAGCUUCUCGAGGCAGCAUGGCGGACAAUGCGGCUGGGAGUGCGAUGCCCGGCGCGGCAGCCGACCUGGGACGCAAUUCUCAUCACGGCCGCUGGUCCCGAUCAAGCACGCCUCUACCAGCUGCAUUUGCAGCGCGCAGUGGAUCGGGGAAGAAUUGCCAAGCACACGCUCGUUCUCGCCGUGCCGGAUCCGCUGGGGCGGCGCAUUGGAUCCGGCGGCGCCACGCUCGGCGCGAUCAGGGAGCUCGAUGCAGCACUGCGAUCGAAGGGCGAUGGUUUUUCUGGGAAGCGUGUGCUGUUGGUUCAUGCCGGCGGUGAUUCGAAGCGUGUGCCGUGGGCGAAUGCGAUCGGGAAAGCUUUCCUGCCAUUGCCAAUUCUCGCUCAAGAUGCCUGUGCUGAUGAGCCAGUGCCACUGCUCUUCGAUCACAUCCUGGCCGUCUCGUCGCUCGCUGCUGCGCAGUUGCCAAAUCGAGGUGGAUUGCUUAUCAUGACUGGUGAUGUUCUUCCUUGUUUCGAUGCUUCCAAAAUGACAACCCCGCGCGAUGGUGCUCUUGUCGUGACCGUGCCUACCUCGCUUGCGGUGGCUGUGAAUCACGGGGUCAUCCUUUCACAGAAAAAAGAUGAUGGGACUAGCACUUGUUUUGCGGUGGAAGAUCUUCUCCAAAAACCGAGUAGAGACGAGAUGUACGCUAGAGGCGCUGUUUCUUCGGACUCCACCGCGCUCCUCGACACUGGCAUCUUUGUCGUCGUCGGUGACGCUUGGGACGAUUUAAUUCGGAUGUCACUUGCGGAGUUGGAUCCAUUACGAAUGCUGCUAGAUAACGCACAAGAGAUGAGUUUGUAUGAAGAGAUUGCUGGAGCGUGGGUGUCUGCGCGUCAUAGCUGGUUACGAAACCGUCCACUGGGAAAGCUUCUGGUCCAGGAGCUGGGAGCACAACGCUUGUAUCAUUACUGCGCGUACGACCUCAAGUUCCUCCAUUUCGGAACGUCCUCUGAAAUCCUGCAGCAUCUGGCAAGUGAUGACUCGGGCCCGAUCCACCGCAGGCAAUUCACUCUUGUGUCCACCAACCAGGACUCUGCCACUCGUCUUGCUGCUUCCUCGGUUAUUCUGGCCUCCCGGGUUGAUGGUGGUGCGGCCGUGGGUGACAGCAGUCUGGUGUUCAACAGCAGUUUAUCGAGCAAAGUAAAAGUUGGUUCCAGCUGCGUGGUCUCGGGUGUGCAUCACACCGAAGAUUUUUUGGAGCUAAGCUUGCCGGACGGACACUGCCUCUGGGAGGUGCCACUGAAGGAUAGUCUUGGCCGUGUCAUGCUUUGCUGCGGCCUUGGGGACAAUCCAAAACUUUCGGCUACUCAGGGUGGAACUUUUUGUGGGAGAACAUGGGACCAAGUGCUUGGACGAUUGCAGAUCGAGAAGAAUGAUGUAUGGACAGAUGCCAGUACACAGCAGGACUUGUGGCACGCAAAGUUAUUUUCGGUUCAGUCGGCAGGAGAACGGACCGAAAACUUUACGUUUGCAAUGUGGCUGAUGGGAAGCUGCAGGGAUACAAGUAUUUCUAAGGCCUGGUUAGCUGCAAAACGUCUCAGUUUUGCAGAGCUGCAAGAGUUCACUGAUUUUGAGGCAAUGCACUUGGGCAUGAGCGACCUCCACGCGGAACUUGCUGCAGAGUUUGCGACAGGAAGCCUUGAAGAUGGCUUGAUGGACAGGAACUUCAGCUUGCUUGCGAGAGAAAUGCAGUUUGGUACCACCGUGGGAGCCGAAACUUUUCAAAGGCUUCUUUCUCGGGUUCCUGCGGAAGCUUCAGUACCGGCAAGCAGAAGAUCUCAAGUGCGAUCUGACUUGAGCAGAGGCUUUGGAGACAAAAAUGCAGCACGCGUUCACGAAGUUCAAGCUUUUGAAGCAGUCGCAGCAGAAACUUCAGCAGCAGUUUGCCAAGAUGGUGUGGGAAGUAAACUACUUCGUCUUCAACCAUCUAGAUCUUCGAUUGUAAACCUUCCCGUUCGGCUGGACAUCGUUGGUGGAUGGAGUGACACUCCUCCCUGGAGCAUAGAACGCAAAGGCUGCGUGCUAAACAUGGCAGUCUACUUGAACGGAGCAGCGCCUGUUGGAGCAGAAGUGCUGCUCAAGAAGAUUCCUGGCGUGUGCCUCCGAGAUGACACUGGUAACAACUGCUGGAUAGAAGAGCCAACGAGUUUAAGAGCUCCUUUCGAUGAGAACGAUCCCUUUCGCCUCGUCAAGGCCGCGCUGGUGGUAACAGGCUGGACAAGUCCGGAAAACAUCGUGACAAGUUCUCCUUGGGGUCUGGAGAUCAACACUCGAGCGUCUGUUCCCCGGGGCAGUGGCCUAGGUACCUCGAGCAUUCUAGCAGCUGCGGUGAUCAGAGGCUUACUCGAAGUGAGUGGCGGUAACUCGAGCAAAGACAGCGUCGCAGCGCUGGUGUUGGUGCUGGAGCAACUUAUGGGAACUGGGGGAGGCUGGCAGGACCAAGUUGGAGGGAUCUAUCCUGGUCUAAAGCUCACGACGAGCCUGCCAUCGAAACCACUCACAUUCUCGAUCGAGACAGUACCUUUGCCUCCGGAUUUCCGGGAAGAACUUGAGCAUCGAAUGCUCCUUGUCUUCACUGGACAGGUGAGACUGGCACACAAGGUUCUCCAGAAAGUUGUCAAGCGUUACUUACAGCGAGACUCGCUACUGCUGUCGUCGAUCCAACGCCUCGUGAAGCUGGCAAAACUGGGACGGGAUGGUUUUCUCCAGCAGGAUCUCGACUCCGUGGGGAAGAUAAUGCAAGAGGCAUGGCAAAUCCACCAGGAACUCGAUCCCUUUUGCAGCAACGUUCUUGUCGAUUCGAUUUUCAAGAAGAUCAGCCAUCUGAGCUGCGGCUACAAGCUCGUAGGGGCUGGUGGGGGUGGAUUCGCGAUUGUCAUGGCCAAAGACAGGGACUCGGCAGGACUUAUCAGAGAAGUUCUCUCCUCCAGCUUCAAGGAUUCGAUCGAGCUGUACAGGUGGAGUUUGAUGGUCUAAAGUAGACACCAUGAUAAGGCUUAGGUUUUUUUCUUUACAAAAUGGAGAAGUUGCUACCUCUGAAUUCCAAUGCUAGGUGGAGAAGUUGGCACGAGAGGUCUUGAUGCUUAUUCUGAGCAAACGUGAGGAGGAUGUAAAGGACCUUUGCAACUGUGAUGUGCCAAAUUCCUUC